CAUGAUGGCUUUUAAAAAUAUUAUAUUGCAGGCUUUAAUUCCUUUUAUCUUCCAUUUAACUACAUUUUUGUGGCCUGCGAUGAUGCCAGGUGCUCCUUUUGCUCUGGAGUGGUUCCACCCCACCUGGACUGGGGUGUUGGGAACAAUCGUUUGCAAAAGCCUUGGGCGCCCGAGCUGCUGCCUCCUAGUGGCAUGAGCGCUGGGCUAAUUUCAGUCUUGACCUGGAGACUGCGGAAGUCUAACGUGUUUCUGACAUAAGGAACCCUUGGUAACGUUUCAGGUUUUUUUUUAUGAAUGUAAAACCACAUUCAGCCGGCAGUUAUUCAAUACCUGCUCUGCACAAGGCGAUGGGGGUCGCUAGCAGGGCGAGGAGCGCUCGAGUCGGUCUUUGUGGAGCACACAGCCAUUUGGGAGGAUCGGGAAACAGAUCGCAAGGGUGAACUUCGGACUGUGAUAGGGACUGUCGCAGACUCACACAGCUGCGAGGUGGUGUGGCGGUGGGGAGGUUCCUUCUGAUGGAGGAAGUUCUGCACCGGCUUUGGAAGGAGAAUUUUCAGCUUGGAGGCAUUGGGUUUCAGGAGGAGCUGGGAGUUCCAAGGCAGAUCCAGGCGGGAGCAGUCUGGGCAUAGGGAAGAGCCGAGGGCUCAGGCGUGUGCAUGCAUGUGUGUGUGUGUGUGCAGAUGCAUGCACUAUGGGACGUAAGAUUGGAGAAGUAAAUGGGGCCGUGUGAUUGGACUGUCAGGAAGGCCAAGCAGCUGCUGCUGUGGAGCCCAUUGAAGAUUAUACGGAUGACCCACUUUAUGAGCUCCUCAACUUGCAGCCUCUCUGACCAUCCCGUUGGCAAAGACCCGGAGGCCAUGAGGACUGGUCAAAGACAGAACAAAGGGAUGAGGACCCGCCUGGGAUGCCUGUCUCACAAGUCAGACUCCUGUAGCGACUUCACCGCGAUUCUUCCUGACAAGCCCAACCGUGCUCUGAAGAGACUUUCCACGGAAGAAGCCACGAGGUGGGCCGAUUCCUUUGACGUGCUUCUGUCCCAUAAGUAUGGGGUGGCUGCGUUCCGCGCCUUCCUGAAGACGGAGUUCAGCGAGGAGAACCUGGAGUUCUGGUUGGCCUGUGAGGAGUUCAAGAAGACCAGGUCUACUGCCAAACUGGUCUCCAAGGCCCACAGGAUCUUUGAGGAGUUUGUGGAUGUGCAGGCUCCGAGGGAGGUAAACAUAGACUUCCAGACCCGAGAGGCCACGAGGAAGAACAUGCAAGAGCCAUCCCUGACUUGCUUUGACCAAGCCCAGGGAAAAGUACACAGCCUCAUGGAGAAAGACUCUUACCCCAGGUUCCUGAGAUCCAAAAUGUACUUAGAUUUGCUGUCCCAAAGCCAGAGGAGGCUCAGCUAGACCUCAGAUGGGGACUCUUGGAGAUCACCGGCUUUCCCCGCCCCCUUGCUGCCAAGACCAUAUUCUAAUGUGAAAUGUCAUAGACGUUCAAAAGCAGAGGCAUUUAGGUUGGGAGGCUAGGGGUGAGGAGGGCAUGAAGGGCCAUUCCGAAGUGUGAUGCAGUCACCAGAACUGGGACUCUGUUUCAUUUACCCCUGGUUGUGUUUUGGCUAGCCGUCGCACUGUGCUGUAUUCGCCCUCCUCUGGGUUAGCAGCUUGCCUGGGGUCAUUCCGCUGAGAAGGCAGAUUCACGAGGCUGGGCUAACCUGUACAUAACACAAAUGCACUCCCCACCCCUUCCACAUCCUCCUCAGGUAGGAUUCCUGACUCCCCAGCUGGCCCUAUACCCCUCGGAGGAAGAGUGGGAAGACAGGCUCACUUCUGAGCUUUGCUCUCGCAGUGUCCUGGCCAGUCCCAGGUGCUGGGACCUCACAGCUUAGAGAGGUCUGUGUGGAAUCCCAGGUUCCCAGCAUUCUCGUUAACAGGUGGCCUCUGGGAGAAGGGGCAGACUCCACGGAGUCGGCUGUUUCUUCCAUUUCACUAGGACCAGGGUGAAAAGCUGUGCUCACUGCCCAUCUUAGUCUAGGCAAUUCACAAGACCCAUCACCCACCACCCUACCCUUUCAAGACCCUUCCAGAAAAGGUCUUGGGAGAUGUCCUUCAUGACUUGUGAUGUAGAGCUACUCUUAAGAAAGACACAGCUUGCACGUCUGUCUAAAUCAUACCAAGAAGCUCCCCAGAAGUUGAGCGACCAGGAAGUGUAGCACCAGUACACGCUUGUGCAAUGGGGCACCAUAUAACUUUUCUGCUGCUUAGUGUACCCUCUGUCCUCGCCUCCUGUGGCAUCGCACAUCCCCGAUCUCUUAGAAUGACAGACGGCUCGGCGAAGGGAGGUGAAUUCCCAUAGCACGGACAGCUCUCACGGUGCCUACUCCUCUCCCUGCCUCUCUCUGUCUCUCCUUCCAUGCAGGCCAUGUAAUUAUGAUGGGGGAGAAUGGGGACUUAGGCCAUAACUCUUUUUUCCAGCUUGCUUCCCGGGAACGUGCUUCCUUAGACGGGUCCUUCUCAUGAGGGCCACCUUGCCUAUCCAGCAGCUUCCUUCUGGAUCUCUGACCUUUCGGGAUUGAACAUGAGGCUAAGAAGAUCACUGUGAACAUUUGGUUGUGGAGAACCUCUCCAAAAUGCUUUCAUGGAACCCUGGGGCCGCUCUUAGAAAUAUGUCAGGACACUCCUGGAGGAUGAACGAGACGCGUGGAACCUACCCCAGCUGCCCAGGAGUGAGCUGACUUUGGCACAGGACUGCGCUGCCAAGGAGAGGAAUCCGCAGCAGAGAGACCAGCAAGUGGAAGAGGAGCCUGCCAGAGGCUAGUCCCUGGGGGACCUGAGUCACCGAGACCAUGGCAAAGGAACUUUUGGGAUGAUUCAAAGACGAUGGAUUGGGAGGCGUGGCAGCUCUCCCAGACUUCCAGCUGGACUCAGUGGAACAGUGUCCGGAGUGCAGGUGGUUGAGAACGGGACUGAAGCAGUCUCCUUUCGUGGGGUGCUGGGCCCUUUUAGACCUGAGGAGUGGGGAGGGGGGUUCCAGUGUUUGCAUUCCUGCCUAGGACUUUACGAAUCUCUCCCUUCCUUGGCUACAGCUAGAGAAGCCCAGGAAAGCUCUCGAGUCCGCUGGUGUGGGGUCUACUCCCCUGACCUGUGGCGAGUGAGGAUGUGCGUGUCUGUAUGAACCACCAAGGAGAAAGAGGGGCACGCGCCUCCUAGCUCCGACCCUGAAGAGUUCCCGCACAUCUGGAAUUUCAUGUUUAGGAACUCGGAAGCCUCAAGUGGGUAUUCCUAGUUAGAUCAGGUAGUAUGCCCCUGCCCCCACUGGUUAAAAAAAAAAAAAUCAUCCUUAGCUAAAGCUGCCAGAAUUAAUGUAAUGAUCAAAUUCUCGAACAGGGUAUUUUAAACAUUGUUUACAUAUGAAAUGUGCAUCUGCUGCCAACUCUGCUGUCAAAUAGGGGGUGCAAAGAAACUGGAGCAGCACGGAGUGAUGGGGAUCUGGAACGUUCUGAGAGGGGCCUUUUCACCACUUCCACGAUGCCCAGGAGAGAAGUCUGAACAGGAUUGUCGUGCAGUGGCCUCACUGGGGCCUUGAAGUUCUUGCCACCUCGCCUCUUGGUGGAAUAGCAGCUGCAGAUGGUGGUUCCACGGUGCCUGGCGACUGCCUCCCACGGUGGGGAGGCAUGAAGGACCGAGCUUAGGCAUCCUGGGUUUUGCCGCUGAGCGAGGGUACGUGGGUGUGUGUAGAGGAACCUGAUAGCUAUAUUUACAGUACUCCCAUGGAGUGUGUGCGUGCACGUGUGCGCGUGUGAGACAACUGUGAGCAUUAAUUAGACUAGUAAUCAGAGAUGACCCGCCCGGGGGGUGGAGCCGUUCUCACACCUUCAUGUCCCGCUUCCCACGACAGGCGCAGAGCUCCGCGCUCUCGCGCCCACUGUCAGGCACUUUGGUCAUGCCCACCCAGACUCCGGUCUGUGACGAAACAAAGAGAAAUGUUUACAACAUCUAGAGCAAUAUCCGAGCAUACCUCAUCCCCGACCUUCCGCCUCCCCCGGUCCUGCCUGCCAUCCCAUUUCCCCUUCCACAGCCCCCAUGGCCAACGUGGGCAGGCACCCGCGGGGGCUGCUGCUUCCAGGUAACGUCUUCCUUCGCUGCUCCAGCCGCUUGCGCUGCGGACCGCCUUUGGGGCUCCAGGCGCGCUCUGUGCCUGGGACCUUUGAAGACCCCAGGCAAGUCGGGGCCGGGGGCCGGGUAAAUCUCUGACUCGAGGACUGUUCUGCAUUUUGGGUGGCCUUUCGGCCCCACUUGAGUUAAACUGUGUGGAAUUUCCUGUUGCCCUUGGCAAACCAAACAGAACAUGAUUGGUGACAGCCAUUCAUAGCCCCGACACUGUUCAAGUGAGGAAGGGCCCUCUGAGCAGUAUUUACUACUAAAUUUGAGCAUUGAGGAAUACCCCACCCUACUCCAGAAAGUCUGUUGCUAGUGCCGAUUCCCAGGUUCCACACCCAGCGAUGCUGAUCCAACGGACCUGGGGUGGGACCCAGAAGCCUGCAUUGUUAAUAAGCUCCGAGGUGCAUAGUAGGCCAGACUUGGAAAACAAAUGGUCUAAGACAGUGGCUCUCAUCUUUGGCUGCUCCUUGCAAUUACCUGGGGGAGUUUUAAAACCCCAAAUGUCCAACCUGGUCCCACCCCAGAACAGCUUGGCCUUAGGACCCAAGGCAUUGGUCGUUGUUAAAGCUUCACCAGUCAUUCUGAAGUUCCGGUGAGGUUAGGGAGGGUGGGCCUGAGGAGUGAGGAGGGACGCGGCUGAGCGGAAAACACCAGUGUGUGGGCCCGGAGGCCGGAGGCCAGAGCACAUCCAGAUGCAAAUGAGCACGGGGACUGGAACGUGCCAGCCCCAGGUCGGAGAGUUGAGGUGGCAGCCUCCGUGCCCUUUCGGUCUCACUUGCCCCUUUAAGAGACAAGCAUCGUGUUUCUGCCCCGGCUCCACGCAUUGCUGGGCAGCAGCUGUGCCAAAAGUGGGGCUAAGGGGGACUUAGUUAAGAGAGGUCUGGUCACGCCUCCUGGUCUUAAUAGCGCUUCCUCCCAGCUGGCCUCUUGGGCUGUUUCCCCUGUUUGUCUGUUUUUGUGUGUUCUUAUAUUUGGCCAUUUCAUGUUGACUGUGCCUCUGUCCCCAAGGCCAUGCAACGUGGUAGCUGGAACUCAGGUAGCAGGUGAAGAAGGCGUGUUGUAGUAAGAACAGCAGUAGCACAGUGACUUCCAGAUUCCUCGGAGGAGGGUGUCACGUCCUGGGAAUAUCAAGCUCUCCCAGGCUUUCUUUUCCAAGGCCAUGGUGGAGAUCCAGUCCUGCUCUAAGCCCUCGCCGUAACCCCUUUGGUCUCAUGUGGGAUGGGCAGCUGGAAAGGUGAUUUUAUUCUCUGGUGCUUUUCCCAGAAUUUGCUGCUCCGAAUCAACCGAAGCUGUGACGUGGUGUCCUGCCCAGGCAACAGGCCUGGCCUCUGGGCACAGGCCCCGGGCACCUCCCCUCAGCAGGGCAGGGCACGGCUGGGGUGUCCGGGUACUGCAGGCUCUGGGCUGGGAGGGGGAGGCGUGAACCCUUUGUGCUGAGAACUUGGUGAGGGUGGGGCUGGGGAGAAAAGAGGGAGGGGGUGGAGGAGACAAGCGGCCACUGUGGUGUCCCUUCCAGAAGGGAGAGGUGACGAGAGGCACAUUUGGAAGCAGAAUGGUCUCCCAUCCACAAGCUCAGCCCAGAGCUCUCCUGACCCUCUCUGUGCCCGAGUCCAAACAAGGCAGAGGAAUUGACUUCCCAUCUGAUGCUGUCCUUCGAUCGGCCUGUGUCUAUCCUCUUUAACCCUGUGUCCCUCUGGGCUGGAAGCAAGAGAGGUGGCAUCGAGAGCCCUUGCCACUCAGCGUGGGACUGUGGAGGAAGAAUCCAAAAGCAGAGGUGUCUUCCUGGCCCCGUGGGCUCUCAGGACUCCAGUUUGAUUCUGCAGCCUGGACGAGAGCCUGCAGGAUGGGGCCGCUGGCCUCCCAGGUCUGGGGGCCGGGUCCUCUCAAUAAACUGUCCUCUUCUCAAUUCCUAGUCCCUUCGCCCCUCUGCCCCCUCCCCUCUGCCAGGUGCAAACAAGGUGGCUGGUCUCCGCGUGCUCUCCGACCAUGGUAGUAUUAGCUGAGUCACGCGGCGUGCGCGACACAUUUGUAGCAGCUCAUCUGCCACAUAAACCGCUUGGCUGAUGGAGUCCUCACUGAGUUGUUUCAUUACCGUGCAAAAUGGAAUAAUGUCAUUCACCUUGACUAUAACCAAGACUGUGAGACAUAAUAAACAGAACCUAAACACGCUGCC